CUCUCUCUCUCUCUCUCUCUCUCUCUCUCUCUUCUUGGAGUGGGUUUUCUUUGUUUUGAUGGAGUGAAGAUGAACAGUUCCACUACAGCUGAAACUACUGUCUGCAGGAACUGGAACAGCACGUCUCCUUCUAUCAUGUCUUUUAUAGGCUUGGAAUCCAACACCCAGAAGCAGUACUGGGACUGGGAAACCAACACUCACCCAUCCACUGCGCACAAUAGCACCAACCCUUUCAUCCACCCAACCACAAGCUUUCUUGAUUUCUCUUCCCCUUCUCUUCCUUUCCCCCCUCCAUCUCUUCCUCCUCCACCACCUCCUCCUUCCUCCUCCACCUUCAACCCCUCCUACUCCCAAAUUGCCGGCUACCCCAGCAGCUUCCUCAAAAGGGAAGAUGAGUGUUUCAGCUUCGAUGGGGGGAGUUACACCAACGGUCGGAUUGGGUUGAAUCUAGGCCAUCGGACAUACUUCUCAUCACGAGAGACGGCCGUGAUUGAUCGACUCUUCAAACGGUCCCGUGGAUUCUAUCACACCAGUCAGAUCCCAAGAUGCCAGGCCGAAGGAUGCAAGGUUGAUCUAAGCAAUGCAAAGCAUUAUCAUCGUCGGCAUAAGGUCUGUGAAUUCCAUUCCAAAGCUACCAAGGUUGUUUUGGCCGGCGGACUAGAACAACGUUUCUGCCAGCAAUGUAGCAGGUUUCAUAUACUGGCUGAAUUUGAUGAAGUGAAGAGAAGCUGUAGGAAGCGAUUGGCCGAUCACAACCGUCGAAGAAGAAAGCCCCAGGCAGGGGCAGCAUCAACGGCUACACAAGACUCCACAGCAAUAAAAGCUGCCCAACAUGGUACGGACAAAAGCCAACAAGCAGCACCAGCGGCAGCAAAAGACGCUAGAGCACCCUCGGCACUCUCAUUGCUGAUGAACAAAGUCGACCCAGAGCAGCAGCUGCACCAGCAGUUCCAACAGAAGGUGACGAUCUCAGCAGCCCAGCCAUGGAGUGGGCCAGGGCUGUCUCUGGGUGGCAUCAGAGCCAUUGAAACUGGAUCACAUGAUCAGAUGACAUACACCCAUCAACAGACUUUCUCAGGAUUCUAUACUGGCAAUUGCUGCAGCAAUCAAAAUCAUCAUCUGAUGUAUUCAAGCUCAAACGGGCCAGCUCAGUCGACAGGUGGAAGUCAUCAUCUGUUGUAUCCGAGCCCGAACGAAGCAUCGCAAUCAACCGGUGGAGGAUCAUCAGAUCAAACCCAUCAGCCCCACCAGCCUGAGGAUUUGCAGAAUUUACUACAGCUGGGCCAUGCCAUGUUUGAAGUUGAAAUGCUCUGAGAGAGAGAGAGAGAGAGAGAGAGAGAGACAGUCAUGGGUUCAUGGGUGCUGUUUUCAAUAAAACAGAAAUUGGGUAGUUUGUGAAGAGAUCGUUGGACCGUUGACUUGUGUUAGUUGGGUCAAAUGUAUGGAUGAUCAGAGCCGUUCUUGUGGAAAGCCCCACCAUGAGCAGGCCGUAGAUGAAGAAUGAUUUAUUGCCAAAUAGAUUAUAGAAAGUAUUUAGAGAGAUUAGGGGUUUAUAUUCAAUUCUUUUUUUUCCUGUAAUGGUUAGCAUCGUCUUUCCGGAUAAAAAGGACUGCCCAUGGUUUUAGAC